AUGGUCAUGCGAUGUGACAGUCGCGAUGGCUGGGGACGGGCGGCUGCUGCGCUUCACCGGAUCCCAUCUCCGAGUGCUUCAAGCCACGAAAAACUAGCCUUCUGCGCAAGACCUGAAUCCACGUGUGAAGGAGACCCGCGAUUUAGGCACAAACAAGACACAGAUCAAUCACACAGGAUGGGGGAUUGGAGCUCCCUGGGACGUCUGCUGGAGAACGCCCAGGAGCACUCAACUGUGGUGGGCAAGGUCUGGCUCACCGUGCUGUUCAUCUUCCGCAUUCUUGUGCUUGGGGCGGCUGCCGAGGAGGUCUGGGGCGACGAGCAGUCCGACUUCAGCUGCAACACGCAGCAGCCCGGCUGCGAGAACGUCUGCUACGAUGAAGCCUUCCCCAUCUCGCACAUUCGAUUUUGGGUGUUGCAGAUCAUCUUCGUCUCCACGCCCACUCUUAUUUACCUGGGCCAUGUGCUCCACAUCGUCCGCAUAGAGGACAAGCAGAAGGAGAAGGAGGAGGAGCUGCUCAAGGCAGGGCACCUUCCGGAGACCAAUGAGCUCCUCUAUAAAAUUGGAGGAAGCUCAUGGAGAGAUGAUGGUGGAAAGGGCAGGAAGGAGAAGCUGCCCGUUCGAGAUGAACACGGCAAGAUCCGCAUCCGUGGGCCUCUGCUGCGUUCUUAUGUGUUCAACAUUAUCUUCAAGACUGUAUUUGAGGUUGGCUUCAUCCUGGGCCAAUACUUUCUCUAUGGCUUUCGGCUGAGGCCGCUAUAUAAGUGCUCCCUGCCCUGUCCCAACACCGUGGACUGCUUCAUCUCCCGGCCCACAGAGAAGACCAUCUUCAUCAUCUUCAUGCUUGGGGUAGCCUGUGCCUCCCUACUGUUGAACCUGCUAGAGAUCUACCAUCUAGGCUGGAAGAAGCUCAAGCAGGGCAUGAACAAUGAGUUCCCAGCUCGGCAUGAGUCCCCGCUCCUUACAGGCAUGGAUGAAGAGAUACAGGCCCCCCCCAAGCCCACAGCACUCAUGGAUGCCCAGACCCUUGGCUACCUGCCUAAUUUCAGGGAUGUAGCAGUGGUGAGAGGGGGUGCUUCCUUCCUACCUGUGGGUCAGUAUAAGAUGGAUCCCCUCCUGGAGGAAAUACGGGACCCCCCCUCGAUGGUCUGCCUGGGCAGCAGGGGAUCUCACUGGGCAGCAGUCAAAAAUAAAAGCAACAACAACAACCAGGCCUCCAGUAAUAACCGGGCUGAUGUGGCUGUUGAGCAGCAGACUGCAGAGAGCGAGGUCAUGUCAGUUUCAUCUUCCUCCUCCGCUGCCACCUCACCCUCUUCCGCUGACAGCAGCAGACACGAUGGCCAGCAAUUGUGGCCGGCCAAGAAUGCAGAUUCAUUGACACCUGCUGUCUCGAGUGGGGGGAGUGCAGGCGACCUUGCGGGAGGCCCAGCCCAGGGCCACUUUACCACCAUCGCUGAGAUGCACGAGCUGCCACCUCCAGGUGUCAUGGACACGUGGUGCAUCAGCAAGACCAGCCACGCCAGGGCCCGGCCCAGAUGACCUGGCUGUCUAGCCCAGCCAGCGGUCUCGGCCCAUCCCAUUUUUAUACAAGAAGUAGAAAUGAUGAAUGAAAAAUAGAAUAAAGCAAGGCACCGGAGGGUACAAUUCUCAUAACAUAAAUCUGUAAACAGCAGCGUUGCAUUGUAGUUGGUGAGUUGUAGUAUCUUGUGAACAGGUCCAUCUGUGGAGAUGUGAUGCUUACAGUAUGCAAAUGUUACCAGAGGUCCGGUUGAAUAGCAGGAAGAAAGAGAUGUAGGGGACAAACUCAACAGCAUUUCCAGAUUUGUCAGGAAAUGUGUGCAGAAAUAUCUAUUUCCCUUUCUUUUAUUAAUUUAUUUUAUUUAAUUUUCUGGAAAAGCAUUCUUAGCACUAGGUUGUAUUUGGGCUGGUAAGUCUUCUGCUAAUUUAACUGUUUCAGUUAUUCAUCCUGAAAAUUCCAUUUGCCUCUGAAGAAGUGGGAGUUUAGUUUGACUGGUCGUUUUCUGGGAAUUUUAGAAAAUACUGGACAGCCUUUGCUGUCCAGCUCCCCUCAGUAAGUGAUGGGUGUGUCCUUCCUAAACAGGGGUCAGUUGUUGAACCUUACAACUCUAUCGCACAGGGUCAUAAGAUCAGAUUCACCUUUAUGGGAAAUUUAAGAAUCUCCUGUUCCUUGAUCUACAAGAAAUAUAUAUGAAACAUGCUCUGUAUAUUCAUAAAGGAACAUUGCCAUUUAUGACAUUGCGUUAGAGGAACAGGUAGCCCGGUUUGCAAUUAUUCCAUUGCUGAAAUGUUUUGCUGAAGCUGGGUUGGUGUGCUGGUUGGUACUGUUGCCUCACACCUCUGGGACCAGAAUUCAAGUCUCUACCAUGACUCUUUCUGUGUGGAGUUUGUACAGUAUGUUCUCCCAGGUGUUGCCCCCCCCCCCCCCCCCCCCGCAACCUGUUGAGGUCAGUUGAGCUCUGUGAUGGGUUGGUGUCCCAUCCUGGGUGGUUUCCUGCCUUGCACCAUAGACUCCAGAUCCUCCACACCCCUACUGUAAGUAGGACAAGCAGUUACAGGACAUGGAUAUUUCAGUGAAAUUAUUAGUGUCAAAUAACUGUGAAAUUAUUUGCAUUUUUGAAGUUGAUUCAUUUCUUAUUUGUAUCUAUCUACCAGCACAAAUUGUGAUUUUGUUCACUAUAAUAAUGGACAUUAAUGGACACGCAGAUAUAUUAAUAUCUGCAUGGACUUGCAGUAGCUCAGCCGCUGAUAUAAUGCCCUUUACCUCAGUGUUUGAUGAUGCGGGUGAUACCUGUUCAUGUGAUACUACAACUCCCUGCUUUGGUAACAAUUUGAGUGCAUUUCACUGCUUUAGUUUUACAUCCGGUAUCAGCUGCUCAGACAAAUGUUCCUGUGAGCAAUGGAGCAGUCUGUUAAUUAGUUCAUUAAUUGAAAAUGAGGCUGAUGAAAAAUUGAUCGGUUGUUCACUCAAGUCAUGCUGUUUACACACCUGUAAACAUGUCAGCAUGCAAGCUCACAUUCUCUCACAUAUGCAUAACAGACAUAUAUAUCAUCGUACAGAGCAAAACGUGAAUGCAGCUGUAGUACAGUUCUGGAAAGAAAGUGAAAUCCAAACAUUGAAUUUGCUCUGUUUAUGCAAGAAAAUCAGGUCUUAUUUUAGGUGUCCGAACAUAAAAUAUCUGUAACUCCAGACCCUGCAGUUAAUAUGACUUUUCAAUUAACCAUUGAAAAGUGGAUUUGACAGUACAAACUUCAGGCUAAGGUGCAGACGUCAUCUGCUGAAGUCAAAUAAUGAAGCAAUAUAGAUCAGAUAAUUUGAUCAUUUAAAAUGAAACACAAACCCUUAAGACUGAGAGCACUGUUAUUUUUAAUCUAACCACUGUCAAUAGAGCGAUUAUAGUUUAAUCCCUUUUUAAGUAAAGAGUAUCUUGUGGAUAGAUUAGUAGCCUACAAAUAGAUUAAUAGUAUAUGUGAUAAUUCAAUUGGUAUUGGUUUAAAGUGUCAACAGAAGUGGGGUCUACUGACCAGAAUCAACAUCUAGCAGGGCUUUUGUGUGUUUCUAUGUUUAAUAGACUCCCAAAGCAGUGAUCUAAAUCAGGGAUUCACUUUUCUGGCCAAAUCUGGGGGGGGGGGGGGGGGGGCUAUGAAAAAAAGUGGUAGGGAUUUUCUCUUUUACCCAUCAUGCACUUUGCCUUUGUUUUCUAUCCAGAGUUCACUUCUUAACAAAUGCCAAUUUUUAAAGGUGCUAAAUGAGGUGGUCUGCCAAUGUAUAACAUGUUAUUUUUGUAAUUUUCUCAUGCCUGGAUUUAGGUACAUUGCACAUUAUUCAGUGGUGUCUGAAUAUUACUUAAAUAGAAAUAUAUGCAACGCCAAACAAGAACUAAUCAGUUUAAGCUAACGUACUAUGCAGAGGCAGAUGGGAGAAUAUACCGUGAUUCUCUCAAGACUUGGUCACUUUUAUCGUCGCCAAACAAUGAAUAUUUUUUUCCUUCCAGAUGUACGUACACUUUCAUUUUCAAACAUUUUAAUGUAGAAAAAACAAGAAAGUGUGGUAUUAUGUCUUCUGAUUUCAAAAGUUUACAUUUUAGUAUGUAGGUGAAGAUUUGCACAUUUAGACAAACAUGCUGUUUUAUGAAAUUCAUAUUGUUAUGGAUGGACGAGAUUCUACAGUGUUUAUGACUCUUUAAAAGAGAAUGUCUUAAUAGCAGACACACUGAUUCUUAGAAUUAAGGACAGUAUUAAACUAUUUAUAUAUUGAAUGUGAUUUAAGAAUAUACUGAAUUUAAGUUGCUUAUUUGUUGACUCUUAAUAUUGUCUGAAAUGACUGCAGAAAGUGUGAAUAUUUACAAUGGAAUGACCAAGAAACUGUUUUCUCUACCUGGUUCCUCAAUACAUAAAUAAGAAGCUCCUCUAAUACAUUUGCAAUGUUAGAGUCAUGUAACUGUGUCCUUACAACAUGAAACAAACACUGAUAGAAUUAGGCGGUACGUAAGACGUCAUAUACUCCCCACAGCCAUCUCACAAACAUCUCAGCUUUUUUGGAGAAUAAUUAUUUACAGGAGUCUUCUCCAAUCGACACCCCUCACCCGUGCACAUGCAGUCAUAUAGGUGACAAGGUCUAAGAAUAGCAACUCACCCACCCUAGGAUAAGGAUAGUCUGCUUUUGACCUUGAAUUUCCUGUACAGAAUGAGAUUCCUCUGGCCAGUCAGGGAAUAGCAAUCACCUACAUCUGCCAACAAUGGCAACCUCUGUAAAUGCUGUCUCAAACCUUCUGUAUGAAUUUUUGCAAGAACAAGUUGACAUAAAUGUUCAUUUACCUCAAAUGUUUACAAAUCUGUUACUAAAUAAACUUUUUGUACCAUA